UGAUACUUGCAAGUAUGUUGUUUCGAUCAAGUUCAAUUGCUGAGCUAAGUUUAGGAGCUAGACAUUUAUACACAAAUUGAUUAGUUGAAAGUUGUCUCAUUGGUUUCGUGUGCGGCUUUUCCUACUGACAUCAAACCUAUAGCAAGCUGAGUCCUAUCUUUGGUACGACUCAGCCUAUAAUUCUCAUAAGGUGGGAACGUAUUUAUCAUUUCUCACGUCACUUGCGUGUGCUGAUUCUUCUAUUGACUUCAACCUAUUUAUUUUAAUUCCGAAUGCUCAGCUCUGCACAACUGGAGGCAGAUAGAACUACGGCAUUGGAAGAGGAAACAUCCCUUCCCGCGGUUACAUGACAGUAUAAUACGCGGGAAUAUAAAUAACUUCUAUCUGCUUGAGAAGAGGAGGGAUGUUCGCAGAUGACCAAACGGCAAAGAUUUGAUGGGAUUAGUCUUGUUUUUAGUUGGCUUGGCGGAUAGUGAGUUGCAUCGACUGCCCAAUGCGUCUUUCUUGGUGGGUGUGUGUGGGUUCGAUGUUGUCGAUGUUAGUUAAAUCUGAUCCACUGUAGCCUCUCUAUUGUGCACAGUGAGAGCCAAAUGUGCGCGGUUAUUACUCAUUGGAUCAACGCUAUGGAAAGGUUAGUGGUUUUGACUUCAACGAUCACGAUAGAGACGGAGCCUCUCAACUACGCCUUCGUUGGUCGUUACAAGCGAGUCGUAUUCGGCGUGCACACUUAUUGGCUCUGACACUUGAAUGUCAUGUAAUUUAAGAGAAAUACGAAUUGGAGAUGUUGGCUAAUUACUGAUUAUGCAGAAUUUAGGGGAUUAAGAUUUAAAUGGAAUUUGGACUUCUUCCUCUUCUUCUUCUUCUGACUUAAUUAUUUGGAGGGCCAACAGGCGAGAAUUAAGUAGUGUCUGAACCGGUUUCCCGCCGGCAAUUGCACCCGGUUUUGCCGCCAUGUCGUCGCCUCCUCCGCCCUCGAGCCCGACGCCGUCGCCACCCAACCCCACGUCGCCGCCUCCUUCCGCUCCUCCUCCGAUCGACCCCACGUCGCCACCUCCUUCCGCUCCUCCUCCGAUCAACCCCACGUCGCCGCCUCCUUCCGCUACUCCUCCGAUCAACCCCACGUCGCCGCCUCCUUCCGCUCCUCCUCCGACCAACCCCACGUCGCCGCCUCUUUCCUCUCCGCCUCCAACAGCUCCUCCGCCCGCACCUUCCUCGUCUCCUUCGCUGACGCCGCCGCCCGGUGUUCCGCCGACGUCUCCGCCCACGCCGCCUCCGUCGAGCCCCACCCCUCCCCCGGCGUCUCCUCCGCCGCAGGCGCCUCCUGCCUCGCCUCCCGUGUCGCCAUCGCCUCCUCCUCCUACGGUCACACCUCGACCGUCGCCUCCACCACCGGUGAACCCGCCCCCGCCUCCGCCGAGCCGGUCUCCCCCUCCGGCCCCACCAUCACCACCGACUUCACCACCUCCGCCGCCACCAAAGAGCCCGUCUCCCCCGCCGCUCUCUCCGUCGCCUCCUGCGCCACCGACGCCUCUGGGAUCUCCUCCACCGCCACCCGCCCCCUCAGCCUCCAACCCUCCGCCUCCGUUUAAUGCAUCACCGCCGCCACCUCCGUCUUCGACAAAGUCAAGCGAGACAUCGACAGCAGCAAUAGUUGGAGGAGUUGCCGCUGCUGCUGCCAUCGUCGCAUUGUUGUUGGGCAUAUUCCUCUUUUGCUACUGGAGGAGGAGAAGGCAGCGGUCUUCGCCUCCUGCUCCGCCGCCAUAUUUAGUUGAUCCAUAUGCUCCAACCUCACCAGCAAUAUAUACUCUUGCCACAAAGCCAUCUGUCGGAAGCAAAGACUUAAGUUCUGGUUCCCAGCUCUCUGAACCCGAAAAUCCAUUUUUGCCAUCUUCACCUGAAAUUGCCCUUUCAUUCGCGAAGAUUGCCUUCACAUAUGAAGAAUUGGCAAUGGCAGCAGAUGGAUUCUCUGAUGCUAACCUUCUCGGAAAAGGCGGUUUUGGGCAUGUCUAUAAAGGGAUAUUUGAUGGAAAAGAAAUUGCUAUCAAGAAAUUGAUGUCCGGAGGAGGACAGGGGGAUCGGGAAUUCCGGGCAGAAGUGGAGAAGCUCAGUCGUGUUCACCACAGACAUUUGGUAUCAUUGGUCGGAUACUGCAUUUCUGGAAGCCAGAGGAUACUUAUAUAUGAAUAUCUUCCGAAUAAGACUCUUGAAUUCCACUUACAUGGGAAGGAUCAACCAACUAUGGAAUGGCCAACCAGAUAUAAAAUUGCUGUGGGUUCUGCAAAGGGAUUAGCAUAUCUGCAUGAAGACUGUCGCCCUAAAAUUAUUCAUCGUGAUAUUAAGGCUGCCAAUAUCCUUCUUGAUUCAAACUUUGAGGCAAAGGUUUCAGACUUUGGACUGGCUAAGUUUCAAGGUGAAAGUGAUACCCAUGUUUCGACCAGAGUUGUGGGAACUUUUGGGUAUGUGGCACCAGAAUACGCAACUUCUGGCAGACUCACAGAUAAAUCCGAUGUUUUUUCUUUUGGGGUCGUGAUGCUGGAGUUAAUCACUGGAAGAAGACCUGUUUAUUCAAAUCAAUCUUACAUGGACGAGUCUUUGGUUACCUGGGCAAGACCUUUGCUGACACAAGCUGCAGAGGUGGGCAACUACGAGACCCUGAUCGAUCCACAUCUAGAGAACUACGACCCUAAUGAGAUGAUACGUAUGAUUGCUUGUGCCGCUGCUUGCGUGCGCCAAUCUGCAAAACUUCGACCAAGGAUGAGCCAGAUUGUUCGAUACUUGGAAGGAGAAAUAUCUCUUGAGAUGUUGCAUGGAGAAGUUUUGCCAGGCCACAGUGCUCUCCAGGCUUCAUCCACUUAUGAUUCUAACCAAAAUAAUGAGCAUAUGGUAAGGUUAAGGCGGAUGGCAUUUGCAAAUCAAGAUAUGAGCAACAGCUUAUUUAGUGAGCCGAUCAGCGAGUCUGAUCCGAACCAGGAGGAGUCGUCGGGCGGGCGGUGAUGAAGAAGCAUAUAAUGAUGAGAUCAGCAGAUUGAAGAAGAAGAGCACCUCAGAAUCCAGUUCUGCUGUAUAGGAUUUGAUUUAUGUAUACAUUUGUUGUACAAUUUCUCCCGCUUGUGUUUUCUUGUUGCUAUAUACGAUUCAUGUGCACCUGCUAACUUGUGGGUGGGUAAAUAAACCACAGUUUGAAGGGUUGAUGUGAUGGCUGUAUACUCUUUGUAAUUUAUAUAAACCAUGGUCGGGGAUUCGUUACUUCCGAACCUAACCGGAAUCGGAUCUCGAUGGUUCAGUUA